UGGAGAAAAGGGGGGCAGGGGGAAAAAGUUUUUGUUCUUUUCCUUUUUUUGCCCCUCCAUCGCCUCCCCCUGUUCUAACCGGGUAGCAUGGACCAGGGGGGCAAGAGUCCGGCACUGCGGCUGGGGAGAGCAGGACAUGGUGGAGUGAACCAGCUUGGGGGAGUGUUCGUAAACGGCAGGCCCCUCCCAGACGUAGUCCGGCAGCGAAUAGUAGAACUCGCCCAUCAAGGAGUUCGGCCCUGCGACAUCUCACGCCAACUAAGGGUCAGCCAUGGAUGCGUCAGCAAAAUACUGGGCAGGUACUAUGAGACGGGCAGCAUCCGGCCCGGUGUGAUCGGCGGCUCCAAACCAAAGGUUGCUACACCCAAAGUGGUCGACAAGAUUGCCGAUUACAAACGCCAAAACCCCACCAUGUUUGCCUGGGAGAUCCGGGACAGACUCCUCGCCGAGAGGGUCUGCGACAACGACAGCGUCCCCAGCGUCAGCUCCAUCAACAGGAUCAUUCGGACUAAGGUUCAGCAGCAGCCCGGUCAAACGGGCUCAGUGUCGGCUCACAGCUUAGCGACAUCCGUGGCCGCCUCGCAGGUCCCUGCAGUGACCAGCGACUCGGCGGGCUCCUCAUACUCCAUCAGUGGCAUCCUGGGGAUCAGCUCUGCAGCUGAUGUUGGCAAGAGGAAAAGAGACGAAGGAUUGCAAGAGUCGCCACUGGCAAACGGGCAUGGCCACAGUGGGCGGGACUUCCUCAGGAAGCAGAUGAGAGGGGAGCUGUUCUCACCACAGCAGAUCGAGGUAUUGGACCGCCUCUUUGACAGACAGCCAUCCUGUCCAAUCCAAUCCAGCACUGAGCUCUAUGUGAGCCCUGACUCUGGCAAGACAUCAGAUUACUCGGCCAUGGCCUCGCUAGCAGGUGGACUAGAUGAAAUGAAGAACAGUUUAACCAAUCCAGGCACAGGGGCGGAGUUAGGAUCCAGUGUUUCGGGUCCACAGUCCUACUCACUAGUUCCAGGUCGAGACUUGGCAAGCACAACUCUGCCAGGAUACCCCCCUCAUGUCCCUCCCACCGGACAGGGCAGCUACUCCACCCCCUCCCUCCCCGGCAUGGUACCUGGUGGAGAUUUUUCCGGAAGUCCAUAUUCCCAUCCGCAGUAUUCCACAUACAACGAGUCAUGGAGAUUUCCUAAUCCCAGCCUCUUAGUGUUUCAGCAGGAUUAUGGGUCUCUCUUGGGGACGGAGAUCGGCUGCUCGUCCAGUCUCUUCACCACUCAGGCAGGACAGAUGCAAGGAUCACCAUACUAUUACAGUGCAACAUCACGGGGAGCAGGCCCUGCUGCCACGGCAACAGCCUCCGCUUACGAUCGCCACUGACACCCCCCCUCCUGCGAAGAAGGGAGAAGGAGGAGCAUUUGAUGAAAAAGAGAGGGAGGGAUGGAUAGCACCAGCACUGCUCCGUAAAAACUCACCUUUGCACAGACCAAGACGGGAUUUUGAAUCUUUGAUAUCAGUGAUUUUGACUCUUAAACAAACCAACACUUCUUUGCUGCAGCACAACAAAGUCUGGGUUCAAUUGACCGUGAGAAAAUGGGGCUUUUCGUGUCAAAAAGUCAUUUCAAGAACCCGUGGCCCAUUUGUAAAGACUUGAUUUGGGUAAAAGGGGAUUUUGUGCGACUGAUAUUGUCAAGCUAACCAGAGCAAAAUCUCUCCCUUUUUUUUUUUAAGACGUUUUUUUACAACUUUACAUUGUUUAUUUGAAAUCUGUAAGAGAAUGACAAUCCAAUUCUUGCAAACAAAAUCACCCACAUCAAUAUUUUAUUCUCUAAGCAUUUCACACGUUUCUUCUAAAAUAUCAACACAAUAUUUUAAUGUUAGCUACGCCCCAUCCCUCCACCUCAAUUUAACUGUUUUUAGUUUAAAUUGAGAAAAUUCUUUCUGAAUUCCCCAUAAAAUCUAAUUUUGUGAUUUAUCUCCAAAAAUACUGAAAAUGUGACGAUCAAAUUAAUUGAGGACAAUAGGAGUUACAGCUUAAAUCCAAUUGAUCACUGGGGUUUAUGACCUAACAGAAUUUUAAUACAUUUUUACUAAUUGUCCGCUUAGUCCUGCAAAUCUACUUUACUAGAUUUAGAUAAACAUGGGAACACUUCUCCCAGGUGUUUUAAAUGCAAAACCUGAUUAGCUAAAGUGUUAUUAGAUCGUUCCUGAUGGGGCUUAGCCAACAGCAGUUGGAGCCUUUGAAAACAUUUUUAUUUUAAAAAGUAUUCAUGUUUCACAUCAAUUUGGUGAAUUUGUGUUCACAUCAAAGCAGACUUGCUGUACAGGAAGGUGCUGUCCUACCUCCCUAUAAGUCAGGAUGGCGCAGUCGUGAUCAAGAGCUAUUUAUAACGGAGGAGAAAGAGUAAUAUAUUAAAAAAUCUUUUCUGCUCUGCGAUGAGAGUGAAUGCCUGUGAUGAUUUCUAUUAGUGUCGAACUGUUGUGCUAGAAUAGCGACGAUCUGGUGAUGCUGUGAACCAUCAGAUUUCCUUUUUUUGUUUUAAAUGUGAUCAGAUUGCCAUUUUCCUGUUUAUGGUUUGACAUAGGUGCCACUUAAUAAGAUGCCAUUUUAUGGCCUCCUAUUUAGAGAAAAAAAAGAGGAAGCAAAAGGUUCCGUCUUCCUGUCUCUCUCUCCUGAAACUCCCCAAAGAUGGGCCCCCCAAGUGGAUCGGCUGACAAAAGCACAAAGAUUCUCAAUCAUCAUCCUAAAAGGUGCCAUUUUUAACUUAUUUCAGUAUGACGGCGUUCUUUUGUUCUCCCCCCUUUGAGUGUUUGUCCUGAUGCUGUUUGGAUCCUUCUGAUUCCUUUUGUGGGGGAAAAAAAAAGUUUUGUUUUUUGUCUCCAUGAGUUCUGCGCUGUGACAAUGCUUGACACCAGGGUCGAGGCCUUACCCAUCAUGUUCAGAGUAGAACAGAUUUGCCCUUAAGUGCUGAUCUGAAAUCAGUGUGCAGCUCCUCUCAGAGGUCAGAGGGCGCACGACGUUGAUCUUGUGAUAGAGUAUCGUCUUUCUUAACUUCUGUUUAAUUCUGCCUAUUGGUGAAGAAGGGAAGAGGUCACAAUUUUGAUAGAAUUUCAAUAAUUUACAUUUUAAUUGCAGAUGUGGAGGUUUUUUUCUGAUAAAAAAAAGACUAAAACUAUUGGAAUUAUUAUCAAUUUUUUUUUUUUUGUUUUUUGUUUUUUGGGUGGCCCUACUGUAGCCCAUUGUUGCUACUUUGUAGUUUUACCUACAAAACUGGAUUAAAGCACCAAAUCUGCAGCGUCAGACAUAAAGUAUUACAUGGACAUUGAACGAAUUGUACUAUUUUUGUUGUUUCUUGUUAUUUUUUUUAAUAAUAGUCAUGGAAUUUUCUCAUUUGUAGACCUUAAAACUUUAAAGAUGAUUCUCGUGACAGCCCACCUGCUGAGCUGCCUGUGUCCACCUCAGCAGGAGACUUCCUUUACUUCUAUCCUUUUCUCUUGAUCCUUCUAAGGCAUUAUUGAACCUGAACCACACCAGCUGAAAACAAGGACAGUGCCUUUAGUUUUAUACGUCAACCCCAACCGACCGAGAGUCGCUAAAACAAGAUUCCUCCCUACGGUUCCUUUUGUAAAACGCAAUCAUCUACCCCGCCGGGCACACACUUGUAGGUCAGACGGCUGUUUCCACGAUGCAUCGACUGUUUUAGCAAAGCUCUAAAGACAGGACUAAAAACGGAUUCACUAUUUUUAAAGACAUUAAAUUUGGAUGGAUGUGGAUUAUUUUUAUCUCAGAUUUCUUUAUCGUUCCUCAGCUUUGACCUUGCUGAUGAAGCCCUUCUGCAACAAGAACCCAUCAAAUUUAACUCGUCAUUCACCUCUCAGAUUUUUUUUGCAUUACAUUUUCUUUUUUGAAGGCAAUGUUAAGAAAUGUACAUUGAAAAAGGUCGCUUCCUUGUGGGAAUCCAAAAAUCAUCUUAAACUGCUCUCUGUUUCGUUUCUGUGAAUAUAAAAAAGAAAAAGUUUAAACCUUAAUUUGGGGGAAAAAAAAUGUGGAACAUGCAGCAAAAUACUAGCCUAAUUUUUUCUGGGAAUUACCAUAGCUGUCAUGGAAAAACAACUUACAGUGACUUCACCCCUAUUGUCCCAAAAAUCCGACAAACCACUUUGGCUCUAAAAUGACCGAAAAGUAGCAUCUCCGGUUACUUAAAAGCAGAAAACAUAAGCUCGUUUUUUCAUAGCCGGAAAUAAAUUCAGGCAUUAAUGGGUUAAAGGGAAAUUUUCCUGGAUUUUGAAGUAGUCAAAGUAUUAUGUUGAACUCCUGAUUUUGCCAUUUACUACAAAAUAUAAAAGCUAGUCGCAGGUUAGUUUGUAAUCAGGCCCAUGUCCCCCGAAGUCUACAUCAGCUUUUAGCAGUUUGCUACCAUUAAUCACCUUCAAAAGCUGCAAUACCCUCACAAAAAGCCUAAAAAGGUACUUUGAAUCUUAAUUUAAAGAUUGGGCAUCAAAGCAUUGUUUUUUUUAUAGGAUUAUUAAUGAGAGAAAUGUGCAUUUAGCACAUUAGUAUAAGUAAAAUGCAAACAUUUUGAUAGCUAUUUGCCCAAAAAAAAUACCUUUUUAAAUUUACCAGUAUUAGAAAUAGAUUGGAGAGGAUAGAGUCCAAAUUCUGGCAGAUUUUGAAGCACAGUCAUUCAUAAAACUUGAAUAUGACCAACUGGGUGAACAUGAAACAUGAAUAAAGACACAUUUAAUAACAAAAAACAUUUGUUAAUCGGAGAAUGAGAAAAGAACCAACUAUUUUUGUUUCCCUUUCAAAAGCCAAGCUACUUCUGUAUGCACUUCCAAAAAGCAAAAAUCUCACACAAAAGACGAUGCCCGUAGUUUAAGUACAUCCAAAUGCUGUGUGUAAUUAUGCAUCUCCCAGUGAAACACAGCUUGCUUUGACCUGACUGCUUCACUUGCAGAGAGAACGGAUUCUCGCUGGCCAGCAGUUGCUUCAAUUGGCAGCUGUGACAUUGACUGCAGGCAUGUUGGGGGAUUUUGUCUUGUGGGUGGUACAGUAGAAAGCAUGGCGAGCAGAGGCCAACCGCACACACACAUAAAUAUUAGUAAAGACACACUUGCACCCUCCCUUUGUCCUUUGCAAAGUGGUGAUUGCCCCUCCUCUUAUGCCCCUGCGUUCCCCAGGGGAGCCCAAACCUGCUGUGCCAUCAGAAGCUCAUCCAGUCUUUUCUCACCCCCUCCCCUCCCUCAGCCCUAAUCUCAUCAUAUCUCGUGCACUGCCGCCUCUCUCUUACGCUCCUGCAGGACUGAACAUCACCAGGAUUAGGAAUAUUAAAACUCUUGUGUUGACUUCAGGCUCGUGACCUUCCUCACAAAGUCCUCCCUCUUUCUUCCGACAGAAAUAUUAAUCCUCUCCUUCGUGUACCUUUCUCUGUGACUAUUCAGACGUGAUGCCCACUGUCCUGUUAGAAACUGGAAGAAAAGUGGUUUAUUUUUUGUGCCAAGGUCAUUUCAAAGGCAUUACUGCUGCGAGCAUCAGUAUUUGAACUGAAUCCUUCAGGUUUUUAAAGUCCCACUUCGAUCAUCUUUUGAGCUACUGUAAAAGCGUUCCCAGUGGUUUUUUAAUUAGGAUUUGGGUCUAUGACAGUUUCUGUAAUUCAUUAGAAAUUCGACUCCAAGUUGUGGGCGGAACUUUUGGUGCAGAGUAAGCCUGCCCCCUUCCUCAUCAUCAGCCUUUUUCUACACUCUCCUGCCAUCUUAAACCCCCUCACAACCUCAACUUAACGUUAACCGUGCAACAAAACCGGCGAGCAGCAUUGGAGCUUUCCAGCUGUACAGUUCUGAGCUAAAUACCCACUCGGACAAGGAAAAUGAAGAUGUUAAUGGAUCUAUUUGCAAGUAGAUGCAUCAGAAUGGACCGGACAAGUGUUAGCCUAUGGCCUCCUGAUUCACAUCGAUUUGAAGAAAGAAAUACUCAGAAACACAAUUUUAAGCUUAAUUUUCUUUAACUAAAUGAGGAAAAAAACAUGUUAAAAACACAAAAAACACAAUUUUCACUGGAGUGGGACUUUAAAAAACAGGAAAAAUAUCAUCUAUUUUAGUUUUAAACAUAUUUUUCUGCAGUUUACAAUGCAUGAGACACAAUCUGCAUCCCGAAUCUUCAUCCCAACUCCAAGACAAACCAGAGGCUGACACAAAUGUAAAUCUUUUAGUUAUUAUUAGGAUUUCUCUGCCAUGUGAACACUGCCUGACUGUAUCUCAAUAUGUAUCUAUGAAGAUGGCUACUGCCUCCCUAAACCUGAGGGGAAUUCAGCGUCAUAUCUUGACAGCAAUUAGUGGCACAAUCUGUUUCAUGCUUGCUGAAAUAACUAGGUUCUGGACAGAUCUCACACUGAAGUCUGCAGGUUUUUUUUUUUUUGUACAUCUUAAUAUCACACAACUUCGGAGCAGGAGUAAUAUUCACGACUGAUACAGCCUACAAGGAUCGACUGUGCUUUCUUUAAGCAGAUGUUUCAAUCAAAAUAGAAAGGAAGAAAAAAAUAGAUACAUGAUUUUUCACCUUACUGUGGCCUUUCGUGUAACAAUCUGGAGUUUUUUUGUGUCCAUGGCUUCCUAUCUGGGGUGUUGGAAAAAUAUUUAUAUCUGUGAUGUUUCGAUAAAAAAAAUGAAUAAACGAAAAAAGAUUAAACUCAAUGAAAGGAAAAAAAAAAACAUAACAGUUCCACACAAUAAACACGGUUUUAACAAUUCCAAAUGCAAAAUCCAAUCACAACUAAAGAAAACAUAUCUGUAACGUUCACCAAAGCCUGUGACGCCUGUUUGAAAUAUUCUUGUACAAAAACAUAUUAAAUAGCAGAAAAGACUUACAGGUACAAACACAAGAGGAUAAAAUUUGCCUUCGAGUAUUCUGGAGGGGAAGAUUAAAAAAAGCUAAAGAAAAGCUUCUUUAAGAAAAUGUGUAUGUUUUUUAUUCAAUUUUCUAGUAGUUGCAAACAAAACUUGGUGUUUUUUCUCUUUGUGUGUUGUGUGUCGUCUUAAUAUCUGAAUGUAUUUUACUGCAGUGCGAAUUUGCCAAAGAUAUCAUAUCACUUAAUUUCUUUUCUUAUUUUUUUCAGAAUUUGAAUUGGUUUUAUUCAGAAAACUGGGAUAAAUUUGUUAAUUUUAUAAUAUUAUUUUUAUAUUUCUGUUGUAUAUUAUUUUGUUUUUUUUAUUUCCUGGCUUUGAGUUCAGUGUUAAAUAUUGAAUUGCAGUUUGCUUGAUGCAUCCUUUCAAACUCGGUCCGUGUACCUGUCCAUAUGUCCACCUGAGUGACUGUUGUUGGUGAAUUAUUCCAUUUAUGUAUCUGUAAUGUGAAACUGAGAAGUAAUUAUUUGUAAAUAUUUGCCAUAAUUUUAUUGGUCCCUCAGAAUAAACAUAAUUUUUUGGAA